AUAAUGAAAAGGUACAUGUAUUAUACAGGAACCAAACGCUAAUUCUAGUACUUGAGGGCCAUUACUCCUGGCCGAUAGACCGCGCUGUUUCACCGUGUUAUCCUGCUGGAAAAGCUCGAAGGUCACGAGGAACUUAAUCACAACACUUGUACAGACCUUAGUUGUAGACAAAAUGUUAGAAGAUUCAGUACCUUUGUGAAAUAAUGUGAAAUCAGCUGAAACUCCCUUCACCUCGGACACAAUAUGGGGAUUUUUCCUAGGUUCGCAAGACUUCCUCUGAAGUCCACAUUCAUUUGGUCACAGUACAGCUCUGCUGUCACUGCAGUGGGCCGAGAGACCUCUGACAGAGCUCUGAUAGUGUCCUCGAGCCAGCUGAUUCAGCAUCGCUGUGUGCACAGCAGAGGGUUGGGAGCGAGCCCAGCCAACCCCGGUGAUGCUCCUCCACGGUUACCCUUCUCCGGGGUCACGCAGAAAGACCUUGCCUUCUUUCGAACACUCCUGCCUGGAAGAACCAUCACUGAUCCAGACCUGCUGAAGUCAAGCAAUAUAGACUGGCUUAAGACAGUGCAAGGUAAAAGUGAAGUACUCCUGAGACCCAAAACAACAGAAGAGGUCUCUCAGAUUCUUAGGUCAGAUUUCCAUGAUCACAUUGAAUUUUGUAUUGUGUAUUUUGUUCCAAGACUUGUUUUCUUGAAUCAUCCUCUGUUUUUCCGCAGGUACUGUAAUGAUCGGAAUCUGGCAGUGUGUCCGCAGGGAGGGAACACAGGUCUGGUGGGAGGAAGUGUUCCUGUAUUUGAUGAGAUCAUCCUCUCCACUUCUCUAAUGAACCAAGUCAUGAUGUUUGACGGCAUCUCAGGUAUCCUCACUUGUCAGUCAGGCUGUGUGUUAGAGAACCUGUCUCACUAUCUCGAAGAAAAAGACUUCAUCAUGCCACUGGAUCUGGGGGCAAAGGGAAGCUGCCAUAUAGGAGGGAAUGUAUCCACUAAUGCAGGAGGUCUCAGACUGCUGCGUUACGGCUCGCUUAGAGGGACAGUUCUGGGCCUGGAAGUGGUUUUGGCAGAUGGGCGUGUUUUGAACUGCCUGGGCGCACUUCGCAAGGACAACACUGGUUAUGACCUCAAGCAGCUUUUUAUUGGCUCAGAAGGGACAUUAGGGGUCAUUACUGCUGUUUCCAUCCUGUGCCCCCGCAAGCCUAAAGCUGUCAAUGUAGCAUUUUUAGGGUGCUCUAGCUUUCAGCAAUUACUGGAAACAUUUCAGUGUUGUAGAGGGAUGCUGGGAGAGAUCCUGUCUGCUUUUGAGUUUUUAGAUGCUUCCUGUAUGAAACUUCUCGAGAACCAUCUGAAACUCACCAACCCCAUCACUGAAAGUCCCUUUUACAUUGUCAUCGAGACCGCUGGAUCCAACGCAACCCAUGAUGAAGAAAAACUACACAACUUCCUUGAGGAGGUCAUGACAUCAUCUCUGGUGACAGAUGGGACGGUUGCGACCGAGGCGACAAAAAUCAAGGCUUUGUGGUCUUUGAGGGAGAGAGUCACAGAAGCUCUGACACACGAGGGCUACACUUACAAAUACGACAUCUCCCUCCCUGUGGAAAAGAUCUACGAUUUAGUUCAAGAUAUGAGGGGGCACCUUGGAGACAUGACCAAGAAUGUUGUCGGUUAUGGACAUGUUGGUGAUGGAAAUCUUCAUCUGAACAUCACAUCCCCCUCUAAAGACCCCGCUCUACUGGCUGCCAUUGAGCCGUAUGUGUACGAGUGGACAUCCAAAUGGAAAGGCAGCAUCAGUGCCGAGCAUGGCUUGGGUCUGAAGAAGAGAAACUAUAUUUACUACAGUAAAUCCUCAGAGACAGUCGCCCUCAUGGGCAGCAUUAAAGCCAUGCUGGAUCCUAAAGGCAUUCUCAACCCUUACAAAAUGCUGCCAGACAACAUACGCUAAUAGUUUGAUGGUAUUCAUGAUUUCUAUGAAGAAUUACUGUUCUUAUUUUACCACUGUGUUAUUGUAAAAUUAUUUUUUGCUGAAUGGACCAUCAUAGAUUAAAAUCGAAGUAUUUAUUUUGUUCAGCGUUGUGUUUUAGAAGUGAUGCUUUAAAACUACACUGUAACUUUUGGCCCUCUAGUGGUUGAAGCAUAAAACUACAAGUUACUUGCGGAGGAACAUUGUUUUGGUCACGAGUGGUGCUCCGACUCUGCAUAUGCGCGGAUGAAUCUGUAGACUCAUGACAGCCAGGUGGUGAUCGCCUAAUCAACGCGAAGACGGACAUCUGAUGAAACUCCAUUGAUCAGGUAGAGAGACCUUAAAUGCUGUUAUUGUUUUUACACUGUUUUAAAAUAACUUUACUAAAGUUUAGCAAUGCUGACAAUAGACAUAACAAUUGUUAUUCAAAUCACGGUGGAAACUACAAUCUGGCAUGGCUAUUUUUAGGAAAAUAGACCAAAGUAACUCAAACGAUGUGUAAUUCGGAAAACAGCUUAACCAAUGAGGGUUAUAUAUAUUAUAUAUUUGGUAUAGCAGUAUAACCUGUUUGUUGACUGGCAUAUGAUGUUGUUUGAUGGUGCAAAAAUGAUGCCCUUAACAGUUUUUAGACAUUAAAAGCUACUGAGCCACAUGGCCAUCUAUAAAAAUGCAGCUGGAGACAAAAAAUGAAAUCAGCACUUAAUUCUUCAAAUGUAAGCCCAGCAUGAGAUUUUAUUUGAUUUUUUUAUCAUGUAAAUACAUCAGAUUUUGUCUAAUGUUCCUCACCAACAAAAAGUUAAAUUCAUUUAGACAAAAGAAUAUUUUGGUUAACAAUGGCUGAUGUCUCUUUACUGGCAUGAAAACAGAGCAGUCUUCCCCAUCAAAUACAAAUAAAUUCAUAAAUCAUCUGUCCGUUGUGCUAAAUUGAAAACAAAUGAAGGUAACACUUUAUUUUAAGGUGGCAGUUACACGUUACUAAAUGUACUUAUAACAACAACAACAACAACAGUAAAUUAUGCAUAAUUACAAGUAACUAACCCCAAACGUAACUCUAUAGAAAGUACACGUAAUUUAUUAAUAUUACUCAGUACUUAUUUGAGUAAGUAAAAUGUAAUGUCACCUGGCUUAAAAUACAGUGCAACCCAAAUUUAAUUCCUUUCCAGUUCAACAGGAAAACUGUGUUUCUGGAAGAAAGCAAUGGAACUACAUCUCAGCAGCAAUUUUUUUUUUUUAAAGACAGCUACUAAAGAUCUAGCAUCUGUGGAAGAGUUGGCAUGUACGUUCUCUUUAGCUUCAGCCCGUUUACUACCAGCCAUGAAAGCACUGGUUAUCCAACAGAGGCUCCAGACCUCCUGUAAACAUGGCCACAGAUAAACAGGUCAUUUCCCAGCAGAGUCAGACAAUGGCAAACUACUAAUGCGUCAUUUAGCUUUAGAUCAGGAAAUCGUAAGACGGAUGCAUGAUAAUGUGCAUCACGAUUCCCGAAAUGUAUGCUUAAAAAGAAAGCGUUGUUACAACAUGGACAACCUUUUGUUAAGCACAAGGACAUGACAAAGAAAGACCAUUCCACUGUUGUAACCAAUGAAAAGAGCAGUUGUUUUAAUUCAUAACUGUGUCUUGCAUUUUAUAUUCCAGUAACAUCAUACAUAUGGGUUCUUCAUUAUAACAUAUUCACAGUUCAAAAUUCAACAAUUCCUGUAGCCAAGUUCCUUACAUCAUUCCCCUGUAGAACACAAAUAUGUAAACGUUCAGCCAUUUAUGGGAGAGCAAAAGUGACCAGUGUUGAGCGCUACACAGCCGUGUCAUGACGGCAUCUUCAAAUUCCUAAAAAAAAAAAAAA